GACAACACACGUUGUUAGUUGUUGAGUAGGUUACAAAUUUCGUUAGGAUUGUUUACUUUAGGAAUAACGUAAUUUAAUAAAAAAAAACUGUGAGUAAAUAUGAGUAAGGUAGCAAGAAACAAACAAAACUCUAACAUUUCCGUUAGGAAUGAUAAGAAUUCUAUUAGAAAGAAGUAUAUUGAUCUUAAAUUAAACAAAAAAGUUAAAGUACAAUUAUGGGAGCAGAGACGACAGAAAAAUUUCAAAAGGAGAUAUAAUAAAGAAUUUAAGAGGAAUGAAAUCACUCCAAAUGAGGAGUAUAAAGAGAAAGGAGAACCUUCAGAAAACAAUCAAAGAAUGGGCGUUUUUAAAGCAGCCCAUCUUGAAAUCAAAAGAAGAAAAGAAGAGAAACAAAGGCUUUUGCAAGAAAAGCUUCAGAAAAAAAAAGAAAUAGAACAGGCAAUGAAUGAAUAUAAAAAGAAAAAAGCCGAAAAAUUCAAAAAAUUAUCAAGGAAAACUAAACGUGGGCAACCUGUUAUGAGAGACAGGAUACAGCUUUUAUUUGAAGAAAUAAAACAAAAAAUAUCAAAUGAAAAUACAUGAGAAAUAAUUUGUUUACCAAAAAUAAGAUAUAAUUGAUCUGUGUGACUUUCAUUGCUUAACCUAUUGAUUGUUUUAUG